CGGCCUUUGACAGCUGCUGGUUGCCCUGAUUGGCGAGCUGGGCUGAAUGGCCACGGAGCGGCUGUACGGAGUCGCCGCUUAGAGUGGGCGCGGCGCCCCCCGAGCCUCGGAUGCGGAGGGGCUGACAAUGAGCCAGAGUGAUACCGGGGGAGAGGGAGCCCGCAUCGCCCCUCUCUGCGCCUCCUUCAAUCAGGACUGCACAUCUCUGGCAGUUGGUACUAACUCUGGUUAUAAACUUUUUUCAUUGACUUCGGUGGACAGGUUGGAGGAAAUCUACAAAUGCACAGACACGCCCGAUGUGUAUAUUGUGGAACGGCUGUUUUCCAGCAGCCUGGUGGUCAUUGUCAGCCUCUCCACACCACAGAGGAUGAAUGUUUAUCAUUUCAAGAAAGGGACUGAGAUCUGCAACUACAGCUAUUCAAAUACCAUCCUUACUGUCAGGCUGAACAGACAGAGGCUGGUAGUUUGUUUGGAGGAGUCCAUCCAUAUUCAUAACAUCAAGGAUUUGAAAUUACUGAAAACUAUUCAGGAUAUACCACCAAAUCGCACAGGACUUUGUGCACUUUCCAUCAAUCAUUCUAACUCCUACCUGGCAUAUCCUGGGAAUGCCACAAUAGGGGAGAUAGUGAUUUACGAUGCAAAUAACUUGCACAGCAUUUCUGUAAUUCCUGCACAUGAUGGUCCACUUGCUGCACUGACCUUCAACUACACAGGUUCAAAACUGGCAAGUGCCUCGGAAAAGGGGACUGUUAUUCGUGUCUUUUCCACUCCUGAGGGAGAGAAACUGUACGAAUUCAGGAGAGGAAUGAAAAGGUAUGUAAAUAUUGGCUCACUGGCUUUCAGCGGAGACUCCCAGUUCCUGUCAGCAUCAAGUAAUACAGAAACUAUUCACAUCUUCAAACUUGAACAGCCCAGCCAGAGCAGGCCCCAGGAGGAAUCUCCUACGUGGAGUGGAUACAUGGGAAAGAUGUUUAUGGCAGCCACUAACUACCUCCCUACCCAGGUAUCAGGCAUAAUAAACCAGGACCGAGCAUUUGCCACAGUACGUCUCAACUUCUCUGGGCAACGAAGCAUCUGUACGCUUACUGUGAUACAGAAAUUACCUCGACUUCUUGUUGCUGCCUCAGAUGGAUACCUCUACAUUUACAAUUUGGACCCUCAUGAUGGUGGAGAGUGUGUUCUGAUAAAGAAACACAGGAUAUUCCGAGGAUGGGGGGACUCUGCAUGGAGAGAUCAUUCCUGAACACGAGUUUGCUGCUGGACCAUUGCACCUGGAUGAUGACACUGAAUUCCCUCCUGUGAGCAUACAGAAUAACUAAAGCCCGAGCCAACACUUUGUCACUCAAGGUCAAGUGUUAAUCUGAAAAAUAAGAAGAAUGUAUCUCAGUAGCAAACAUACGUUCAUUCAACAGUGAAGCUGGCCCCUACCAUUUUGAUUAACACUUUAAGGAAUGCAUGGCAUCAAAAAGUGACACAAGUUUAUAACUGUCCUUUGUUUAGUUUGUUCAUAUAUAUUCCUCUUUUGCAUUUUGUGGCAUGUAGCAUGAUCAGUGGAGAGUUUGGAAUAAACAAAUAAAAAAUAUUUUCCCAUAAACUGAGCAUGUACCUCAGCAGCCAGAGAACUGAAAGCCCAGAGUACUGAGAUGUGCCCUCAGCCUAUAGGUUUCCCGUACGUCUGCAACUUUGCAAGACAUGCACAGGAUAUUGCUGUUGUUAGAAUAGAAGUACCAAAUUUUGCGAUAUUGUUAUGUAGACCGACAUCUUGGAAAUCUUACGAUUGUGCUUAAUUUUGCAACAUUCACUGCAGGUGUAGAGUGAUCAGCCACAUCCACUUAAGUGUGCCUACGUCUGUACCCUCAGCCCAGUCAGGUUCUUGCACAUUUUGAAAGGAAAUGUAGAAAUGAUCAUUUUGAGCCUUAAGUGUUAACAGAAAAAAAAAUCAAAUCAUCUAGUGGUUUGAACAGUUUAUUUUUGCUUGUGUUCAGCAAUUUUCACAGUAUAAUUGACAUCUUAUACUUAGUGUGUUGAUUGCCACUGCAAAUAUUAAUUUUUGUACUUUCAGUAAUUGAUAGGAUAUAUUUCUGCAUAAAUAAUACAGUUUAGUAAAUGAUUACCAUCAAAUUAAAAGUGAAGGACUGAACCCCAGUGCUGAUUUUUGAUCUUUUAAAAUUGAAACUUCCAUAAUCUUAACUCCACCAUUGGAUGGGAAGCAAAUUUAAAAGAUCAGAAAAUAUUUCUGUGAACGACAUGGAACAUUUUUAUUUGUGAACAGAUUUGAGGAUUUGUUUUAGCAUCCUAAAGGUAUCUUUUUUCCAGAAUCCAUUUAGUUUUAAAACACCAUUAUUAACCAGUCUUAUUCAAAGUAUUUCUGAGGUUUGCUAUUGCCAAGCAACAUUACAUUUUUUCUUACAUUCUCACAGUAAUCACUUUGAUGGAAAUGUGGCCUGGUAGCCUGGGUGAGUUACAAAAAAAUGUGAAGUGUCAAUAUUCCAACCGUAUAAAUUGAAAAAGCAAACCAAGCCGCGGCAAUUUAAUCUAUUGAUGUAAGCUUAAAAAUUUAAUAUAGAAAUAAUUGCUAAUACUUUUUGCCCAGAUAUACAUUUUUUUUAAAAAUUAGAUUGAAAUUUUUUUCCUCAUUUAAGGGUAGGACCUCAAGUUUUCUUUGAAGAGUUUUGCUAUAAGUACACUGAUUUUGCAACAUUUAUGCUUUACAUAACAUUGACAUCAUUUUGACAUUACUUUCAAAAAUAAAAAGUGAAUGCUUGCAUGUGA